GUUGUUUUUUACAGUCUUAGAAAAAUAUUAAAAUCAACUCAUAAGUUCAAAAUGUCCUCGGUCACCCCAGAGAUAGUAAAACACUUGGAAGUAGCCGCACAAGCUGCGCUUGGGAUUCAGUCAACCAUAUCGCCAGCACAGCGACAGGAAGCCGAAGAUGUUUUGCUUUCUUUUCGUCAUUCGAAACCGAGCUUCAUAGAUUGCAAAACAUUGUUGGAAAGCACAACUUAUGAUACAGUGCAGUAUCAAGCUGCAGCAGCAUUGAAAGACGUGGUUCUUCGAGAAUGGGGACACACUGAGGAAAAUAACCGUAAUUCUCAACAACAAUUUGUUUUGUCUUUUGUAAUGGGGCAUACUGGAAUAUCAAGAUUUGUUCGAGAAAUUUUGUCCCAUUUAUUAGCUAUCAUGGUUAAGCUUUCAGCCAUGAAAGAUGCGAAUCCGAAACUCAGAGAAUCAAUUUAUACAUUUUUAACUAAUUUAAUUGGAUCUGGAGAUCAAACUCAACAACUAAUUGCAUGUUCAAUUAUUACUGCACUCGUUACCGAGUUCUCAAUAACGAAUAAAUCCAGUGAUAUGGGGAUGACGUGGCAGCAACAUUUAAAAUGUAAAAAAUCAUUUGAAGAUUUUGAUUUGAAAACAAUCUUUUCUCUUCUACUCGAAGUUUUACAACAUAUUAAUGGCGCGGAAAAUAUAUCUUCAAAUGAAACUAUAAAUUUAUGCCACAAAUUUCUGAUAAUUUCGGAGCAGAUUUUGUCAUGGACAUUUACUGCUCCGGUUAAGACACGUCGAAGCGCGCUUGUGCAGCCUGAAUGUGAUAAAGUUCUCUUGAAACCACAUGCAGAUUGGAAAAAAGUUUUACUGAAUCCAACGACGAUAAAAUUGUUUUUUAGUUUGUCGAAAAAAUGUCAAUUAAAUGCUGAAUUAUCUCGGAUUGCAUCAUCUUGUCUUGCACAACUUGCAUCUUUACAUGGCCCUGUUUUAGAAAAUGAAGAAACGAAAUACUUUUACAUUAAGUUAUAUAUGCAAGAAUUUUUACAAACUUACGGGAAUGGGAAUUUCCAUGAUUGUGAGGCUUUAGGCAUUGCAAAUGCAUGUAAAAAUAUUCUUGAUGCUCAUAAACUUGAAAUUUGGGUGAAAACACCAGAAAUUUUACAAAUAUUUCGCCAGUUUUUGGAAUGUUUGACAAAGUUAACAGGUAUGGCGAUGGCAGGGGCUGCUAAAGAGGAAGAAAUUGAUGAAGAGGACCAUUUAUAUAUGGAAGCAUUUGAGACAAUGUUGGACGCUUGGACUACGAUAAUCGAAUCAAUUUCCGGACCCAAAGAUUUCAUUAUUCCAUGCACUUCAAAGAUAUUCGAAAAUUAUGUUCGAUGUCAUAUUGUACCGCCAGAUGGCACUAGAGCAAUAAUAGAUGAUUCUGACCAUGAUUAUGAUGAAAUGGAAGAGGAUGAUCGCGAUCGUUUUUGCGGACAACUUAUGUCAAUUGCUUGUAUCGCGAGAACAUCACCGCUAACUUCUAUGCUAGCUUGCUCAAUGCUGCUUGAAAAACGAGUUUCUUUGUUGCAAGAGAAUUUACUUUUAAUGAAAAAUCAAACUAAAGUUGAUGAUACUUUAUUACAGAAUUUAUUCGAAGACUUACAUUGGAUCGUGUUGAUUUCUGGCCACGUUCUGGCUGAUGAUUAUGACGGCGAAACUUCUUUAAUUCCGAAUGAAAUAAUUCAGUGCAGCAUUGCUCAGAGAAAUCAAAUUAAUCAGGUGCUAUCUUUACGUAUACUCGGUUCUCCUCUAGAAAGCUGUGCAAUUGUGGAAUCCUCGCCGGGAUUGGUUGAUCCUGUGAUAAGACUUGUAUCUGCGAUUCUGCGUCUUUGUGAAGUUGUAUCAAACGCUAUUCGAUCAAAUAUGGUGGAUAAUUUGAGCCCUCAAUUACUUCAAGACUUGAUGUGGUUUUUAAAGACAUGGUCUGGAUCAUAUUUACUUUUCCGCGAAGACUAUUAUGAUGAAAUAAGUCCAGUAUUAUCCGCAGCUUUUGGGCCGGAUUCAGAAGGUGGACGUUGGACCGUAAAUUAUGUCACAAAAUUUGCAUGCACUGUUUUAAAUCAUUGGACCUCCGAACCUAAACUUCUGGAAGACACUGCGGAUUUAUUGACAACAUUAGUAGGAAACGAUAAGAGUUGUUCAAUCGUGUCAUCUUCGGAAGCAUUUUGGAAAAGUGCUCAUGGAAUCUGUUCUGGAGAUGCCUCAUAUCGGACACAUCCUUCAUUUGUGAAACAACAAAUAAUGUCAUCAAUUGUAGGAGUUGGGACUUCUAAUAUGAAUCAGUACAGAGAUAAAUACUGGGAACAAACUAUGAACAUUGUGAAAAAACGAUACCAUGACCUAACAACGAACCACAUUUUUGGGAAAAAUUCUUUGAACACUCAGGUAAUUGAUGAAUUGAGCUCCAUACUUGACCUAUUGAGAGGUGUUGCAGAUGCUGCGUCACCGCAGAACACAAAAUUAAUUUUUAUGUUUUUGUCUGAUUUUAUUUGUGAAGGGAGUAAGCUUAUGCAUUCAUGUAAAGGCCAUCAAACUGUUAUAGUUUCACUUUUGGAACUAUUUGUCCAGGUCGCUCAUGAACAAGUUUGUUAUCUCCCAGAAUCAAAAUGUCAUAUGUUAUAUGACUGGACACUUCAACUUUUACGAACAUUUUCUCAACUCACGACCGAUUUCAAAUCGAGAGACGCAGAAGAAGAAUCAUUCCAGGACUUAUCUCUUGUUAUUGAGCUCCUAACUCACAUCUUAGGACGAGAUUUUAUUGAUUUCAGCGAUCCCGAUUUGGAAUCUAAUACUGGGUUAACUUUAGACGAAGCUCAGCCUGAAGUCUCUGUUCCUGACGUCGUAUUUUUCGGUUUAGGAAUUAUUCUGCCUCACAUGAAUACACAAUUGCUGUCCUAUCCAUCUCUAUGUUGCCAGUAUUAUAAAUUAAUAACAUUUUUGUGUGAGAUUUACCCCGAAAAAGUUGAACUAUUACCGCAAGAAGUUUUAAACACUUUCCUUUUUUCCCUGCAGCUGGGCUUAAGCUCAUAUGGGAAUGAUAAUUGUAAAUUAUGUUUGGAAGCAUUAUUAGGUCUUGUGGAUUGUGCUCGCGAAAAAUCCAACCCUAAUGGUGCUUUUCAAACCGUUUUAACGCCUUUUAUAAAAAUGGUUUUUGAUGUUAUAUUGGUCCAUGCUGGCGAUAUGGAAUUACUCCGUUCUGCAGGUGAAACUUUUCACUCAAUGUUCUGUUUUGAUCACCAAAGAAUUGUUGAACUUUUUACUGCAGUCGUUGAAGCGCAACCGGACCCAGCCAAUAAGCAGUGCCUAUUUAUGGAAUUUAGUAAAUUAACUCCGCCCCCAAAUACAGAAUUUAAAAUUGAUAGAAAAGAUAAAAUGAAAUUUAUUAACUUGUUAGAGGAAGUUAUUUUCAAUGUAAGGGGUAUUUUAUGUGUGAAAUAAUCUGAAUUUUUCGAUUUUUUUGAUUAUUAGAAAGCUUCAGACAAAAAAACAAUUUGGAAAGAUCAAUAUCUAUCUAGUUGGAUAUAGCCCUGACGUGGGCGAACAACGGCACGCGGGCCAAAUCCGGCACGUUGGGUAAUUCCAUCUGGCCCGCCUGAUGCUGCCACAACCAAACUAAAACCAAAUUUCGGUGUUUUAGCUAAAAAAUAACUCACAGAAUUUGUUCAGAUUGCGAUUAAGUUUUGGCACGAGGCUCAAUGUUUCCACCUUUUCUUUUAUAACACUGUUGUUCAUAAAAUGUAACUUUUUACGUCCUCCUGGACCAAAAAUCUCGCCCGCUCCUGGUAUAGCCUAUCCAAGGAUGUUAGGUUGAACUGACUAGGUUUUGAACCUGAUAUCUCUGAGCCAAAAGGCAAACAAAAUGUCCUCUAAUCUUUACUCUGGAAGCUCUUACUGCUAAACUUUAAAAAAGUGAAGUCUAACAUGACUAGGAGCUUAUUUGAGCAUGCUCCAAAAACUAAAGAAAACUACAAAAAAUUGCUGAUUUGCUUAAAGCAUGGCGUUAGACAAGGGAUAGUCAAUUACUUUUACUAGUGAACCAGCAGAUAUAAUAGACUUGGU